GUGUGGCUGCUCUACGGAAUGCUAGCUGUCACUGUAAAAGAACAAAAAAUCCUCUAUAUUCCACAUGGAUCCUGGCUUCUCUGGCUCUUCCUGCUAAACCUCAGCAGCUGGUGUACGGUUCAGGCGAGCAUGUUCAGGGUUGGAGUGAUAGGCCCAUGGUCUUGUGACUCAAUAUUUUCUAAAGCCAUGCCUGGGGUCGCAGCUAAACUGGCUGUCCAGAGGAUCAAUAGAGAUCAUGCCCUGUCUCUGGGUGUCACAUUUGAUUACGUCAUACUGGAAGAAGAUUGUCAGACUUCGAAAGCCCUGAAAGAUUUUAUGGGUUACUACACACAAGCCUCAGCAUUUGUAGGGCCCAUAAACCCUGGAUACUGUGAGGCAGCUUCUCUGCUCACCAGGACCUGGAACAAGGCGCUCUUCUCGUGGUCCUGUGUGAACUACGAGCUUGAGAGCUCAUCACGUCACCCCACUUUUUCACGCACCAUUCCCUCUCCCAUUUGGGUGCUGAAGACUGUGGCACAUCAUUUCCACUGGGCAAACAUAGCUAUCGUAGCCUCAGCUGACUACAUGUGGGUGGACACGUCCUACAAGGUAGCUGAUGCCUUAAGGAGUUAUGGCUUCCCUGUCAGGACUCUGCUCUCCACCAGUAAUGAUCAUGCCAGCAUACGCAGCUCGCUCUCCACCAUCAAGAAGAUGAAGGAGCUUCGUAUGGUGAUCCUCUGCAUGCAUUCUGUCUUGAUCGGUGGGAAAACCCAGAAGCUCCUGCUGGAGACGGCUCUGGACAUGCGCUUGACCGAUGGCUCUGUGGUCUUUGUGCCCUAUGAUACACUGCUCUACAGCCUGCCGUACAAGCAGGUGACUCAUCCGUCACUGCACAGCAACAGCAAGCUCAGACUGGCCUACGACGCUGUGCUAACCAUCACCAUGGACUCAGAAGAGAAUUCUUUCUACAAGGCUUUCCAGGAUGCCAUCAGGUCCAACGAGGUGCCUGCAAACAUUAAACCUCAUGAGGUGUCUCCUCUUUUCGGCACCAUUUACACCUCCAUCAUCUUCAUGGCCAAUGCUCUACAGAAUGUUCGUGAGUCUGCAUCCUGGCUUUCGGGGGCUAAUCUAGCUCGUCACACUGGGAAUAUGGUGUUCCAAGGUUUCAGUCAGAGGAUCCACACCAACGGUUCUGGAGUGAGUCUUCUGGACUAUGUGGUGCUGGAUACUGAUGGUCAUUCCUGGGAACUGCGUCCCACUCACACUGUGAACCCACAUGAUAACGCCGUUCGCUACGUCGGUACGCCGAUCCACUUCCCUGGAGGUGUUCAGCCCAAAGCUGACUCCAGUUGCUGGUUCAUACCUGGAGGACCUCUUUGUUCUAGAGGACUGGACCCGCUCGUGUUGUUGGAGGUGUUCCUGUCGGUGCUUCUCCUAAUAUUUUUCAUAACUAGUCUUGGAUAUUGUACACGACGUCGCCUCAAUCAAAUUAGAAUGGUUCGAGGUCCCAAUAAGAUUCUCCUCACUCUGGAUGACGUGACCUUCAUCAAUCCUUCUCUCAGUAAUAAGAAAGUGAGUGUAGAAGACGGGAAAGUAGAGAUGGAGAGAUGUUUGUCGAACACAGACAGCAGAAUAAACACGUCAUGCAGCUCCAUCUCCAACCCUCCGGAGCCCAGCUAUGAAAACUCCAACGUGGCCAUAUUUGAGGGCGACUGGGCUUGGCUGAAGCGACUGCCAUCCGGACACUUCAGGUCAAUAAAUCCAAAGACGAGCGACGUGUUUGAACUGAUGAGAGAUAUCCGUCAUGAGAACCUCAAUCCAUUCUUGGGGUUUUUUCAUGACUGUGGCAUCUUUGCUAUCGUCACUGAGUUCUGCUCUCGUGGAAGUUUAGAGGAUUUACUUCACAAUGAAGAUGUUAAACUGGAUUGGAUGUUCAAGUCUUCACUGCUCCUGGACCUUAUCAAGGGCAUGAAGUAUCUUCAUCACAGGGGUGUGUGUCACGGUCGGCUCAAGUCCCGUAACUGUGUUGUGGACGGACGAUUUGUACUGAAAGUAACCGACUACGGUUAUAAUGCAGUUCUCCAUGCCCAGAAGUUCCCCUACACAGAACCUAAAUCUGAGGACCUGCUGUGGACCGCUCCUGAACACUUACGUACUUCACACCCUGGACAGUCUGGUAGUUAUGAAGGUGACGUCUACAGCUUCUCCAUCAUCAUACAGGAGGUGGUGCUGAGAGGACCUCCAUUCUUCAUGCUCCACAUGCCUGCUGAGGAAAUCAUCCAGAAGAUAAAGAAGCCUCCUCCCCUGUGCAGGCCGGUGGUUUCUCCUGACUACGCUCCUAUGGAAUGCAUUCAGCUCAUUAAACAGUGCUGGAACGAGCAGCCAGAGAGACGACCUGCCUUUGAUGAGAUCUUUGAACAGUUUAGGAACAUUAACAAGGGGAAGAAGACAAACAUCAUAGACUCCAUGUUGCGGAUGUUGGAGCAGUAUUCAUCUAACCUUGAGGAGCUCAUACGUGAGAGAACAGAGGAGCUGGAGAUUGAAAAGCAAAAAACAGAGAAACUACUCACUCAGAUGCUUCCACCGUCUGUAGCUGAGGCUCUCAAAGUGGGCGGCACUGUGGAGCCUGAAUACUUUGACAAUGUGACGUUGUACUUCAGUGACAUUGUGGGCUUCACCACCAUCUCUGCCAACAGCGAGCCCAUUGAAGUGGUGGACCUGCUCAAUGAUCUCUACUCUUUAUUUGAUGCAAUUAUUGGAAAUCACGAUGUGUACAAGGUGGAAACAAUUGGAGAUGCUUACAUGGUGGCGUCUGGAGUUCCUGUUCCCAACGGUGACCGACAUGCUGCUGAGAUCACCAACAUGGCGCUGGACAUCCUGAGCGCUAUCGGCACCUUCAAGAUGAGACACAUGCCUGAAGUUCCAGUACGCAUUCGAAUCGGACUUCACACGGGAUCGUGUGUGGCUGGAGUCGUCGGUCUCACCAUGCCUCGAUAUUGUCUGUUUGGGAACACAGUGAACAUCGCCUCCAGAAUGGAGUCCACUGGCAUGCCGUACCGCAUCCAUGUCAGUCACACCACGGUGAAGAUCCUUCUGGACCUUAAGGAAGGAUAUCAGGUCCAGAUACGUGGAAGAAGUGAAUUAAAGGGCAAAGGGAUGGAGGAAACCUACUGGCUUGUGGGUAAAGAUGGAUUCACUAAACCGCUCCCUGUUCCCCCUGAGCUCAAGUCAGGACAAAUGGCCCACGGCUUGCAGAUGGAGGAAAUCGCCCGAUUCAAACGGAAGAAAGCUGAGGCCCAAUUAGCAAAGAAGAAAUGAGGUCAGAGAUGGUGCGUGACUUCAAGCAGCUGCUGCAGAAAGCAGUAAAGAAGAUCUUGGUUGUGAGGCAUGUGGCUCAGCUGCCCAAUGUGGACUUCACUGAGGAAAAUUUUGUGAUCCACCAUCAUUAACAGCUCUACUGUGAUGGACAUUAAGAGAUCAGGAGCACAAAAGCAAUGUCUGUAAUGUUUAAGUUUCCAGAAAAAUAGUUUUCCCCCAACUCAUUAAUGUCACAGAAACUGUUAGAGAGAAGGUUUUUUCCAGCAUCUUUUCUUCAUUCCACAAAAGCAGGCAUAGAUGAGGAGAACAUGUGAGUUAUAAUAUCUGACUGAAGAAGCAACUCUUCAACUUGGAAGAAUCUGAGAAUGAAACCAUGAUUCUUUUAACGGGGUUACGGUACCUUUCAUCCCAGAGGACAAAAAUGAUUCAUUCUGUACUUGUGGAGGAUGUGGUAUGUUUAAGAGUUAAGAGAUGAAGUGCUUUUGGCACCUGGAGAUGAUCAGAUACCUCAGUAAGAGGUUCUUUAAAUGAAUUCGGCUGUAAUGUUUAUACUGGGACUGUAAGGCUAAGCCAGAGAAGAUCAGACUCUGUUCUCACCCAUUACUCUGGUUCACUAAGUCCAGGAGGAUCAACCUGAACUUUUGAACAAUGAAAUAUCUGUUUAAAAAUACGGUUUAAAACAUUGGACUAACACAAAGAUUAUAAUUCCAGCAUGUAGUCGUGUUCUUUUUUUUUUGAACAGAUGUAAUAGUUACAUCUGCAUUUUUUUAUUCUAAUGACUUGUCCAGGAUUAGUCCUGUCCUGUAAUGUAGUAAACGACCUGUUAGAUGGUAUCAUAUGUAAUGCCCUGAAUGUUGUCUUGUGAUUUAGAAGUGUAAUAUUGAUUUAAAUUAUUAUUGCAAUGGAUUGAGAUAAAUUGUCAGCAGUGACACUCACAA